AUGGGAUGGAAGCAACCGAGUUAUUUAUGGAAAUAUGUGGAGAUGGAUACUAAAAUUAUUACUCAUGGUGAACCAGGGAAAUUACUAGGCAACACAAGAAGAAAUUGUCCAUAUCAGGUUCCCAAAUUGUUCAGUGACAUGGAAGAUGCUGACUACUAUAUACAGGCAGCCAAACGAUUACAGAAGAGAAACAACGGAUACAAAUUAAAAAUUAUAGUUAUUCCGUGGUAUUCAUGUGUUAUGUUUGUUAUUUCAAAUAAGCGUGUUAUUUAUCUUGGUUAUGAAUUACGUGAGAAAAAUACAUAUAUAGCUAAAUACACCGUUAAAAACAAGCCCUAUCUUGGGAAAUGGCCAAUGGGCUGGUCUAGUCAUUUUUGUCAAUAA